CAGUAUGCCUAUGAGAUGAACCAAACCCAGAGCUCUCAGCUCAUUCAAAGAUACGAGCCCAUCGAGGAAGUGAAGAGAGGGCAACAGAUGUCAUUUGAAGGCUUUAUAAGAUACAUGUGCUCUCCGGAAUGUCUGCUGUUCAAAAAGGAAUGCAAAAAAGUCUAUCAAGAUAUGACUCAGCCUCUCAAUGACUAUUUCAUUUCUUCUUCGCACAAUACCUACUUGAUCUCAGAUCAAUUAGUGGGACCAAGUGAUCUUUGGGGUUAUGUAAGUGCUCUGGUGAAGGGCUGCCGGUGUCUGGAGAUUGACUGCUGGGAUGGGUCCCAGAACGAACCCAUCGUCUACCAUGGCUACACGCUGACCAGCAAGCUGCUGUUCAAGACGGUCAUUCAGGCCAUCAACAAGUACGCCUUCGUGGCAUCUGAUUAUCCCGUGGUGCUCUCCCUGGAAAAUCACUGCUCCCCUUCCCAGCAAGAAAUAAUGGCGGAGACUCUGCAGAGCAUAUUUGGUGAGGCUCUCCUUUCCGAUAUGCUGGAUGAAUUUCCAGACUCAUUGCCUUCGCCAGAGGCCCUGAAAUUCAAAAUAUUAAUUAAGAACAAGAGAAUCGGAACUUUGCUGGAGACCCGGGAAAGGAAAGGUUCGGAUAAACGGGGGAAGGUGGAGGAGUACGAAGAGGAAGUAGGGGAUCAAGAGGAGGAAGAGGAGGAAGGGAAGCAGCCGGAAACACAAGAUAGUUUCCUAUCGAGAGUGACUCAGGAAAAGGAGUCGGAGUUCUUAAAGGUGCUCACUGGCAACUUGUUCAAGAAGAGGAAGACCAGGAAGGUAAAAAUAGCUCUGGCCUUAUCUGAUCUUGUCAUUUAUACCAAAGCUGAGAGGUUCCGAAACUUCCAAUAUUCCAGAAUGUACCAGCAAUUUAACGAAUGCAAUUCCCUGGGAGAGUCACAAGCACGGAGGCUUUCCAAGCUGAAAGUCCAGGAGUUUAUUUUACACACCAAGAAAUUCCUUACCAGAAUUUAUCCCAAGGCGAUAAGAGCAGACUCUUCUAAUUUUAAUCCUCAAGAAUUUUGGAAUACAGGGUGUCAAAUGGUGGCCUUGAAUUUCCAGACACCGGGUCUGCCGAUGGACCUGCAAAAUGGGAAAUUUCUGGAUAAUGGUGGCUCCGGAUAUGUUUUGAAGCCACUCUUCCUGAGAGACCACAAAUCACACUUGAACCCAAUGACCAUGACGGACAGUGAACCAGUUACACUCUCAAUAAGGAUCAUCAGUGGUAUCCAGCUUCCUUUUGGCAGCUCACCCACCAACAGGGCCGACACGCUGGUGAUUGUUGAGGUGUACGGGGUCCCCAAUGACCAAAUCAAACAGCAGACUCGCAUCAUUAGGAAAAACGCUUUCAGUCCCAAGUGGAACGAAACCUUCACAUUUAUUAUCCAAGUGCCCGAGCUGGCUCUGAUCCGCUUUGUGGUGGAGAACCCCGGGCUGAUAGCAGGAAGCGAGUUCCUGGGGCAGUACACCCUGCCAGUUCUGUGCAUGAACAAAGGUUACCGCCGCAUCCCUCUGUUUUCCAGAACAGGCGAGAGUCUGGAGCCUUCUUCACUCUUUGUGUACGUGUGGUACAUCCGCGAAGAGAAGAGCACUUGA